AUGGCAGCCAAGUGUGCGAUCACUGAGUUCUUAGAGCGCAAUGUGCUGGUAAUGGACGGUGGGAUGGGGGUUGAGCUCGAGAGGCGCGGCAUGGACGUGAAGAGCCCGCUGUGGUCUACGGCGCCCUUUCUGCGGGGUGACCGCGCCGCGCUAGACACGAUCAGGGGUCUCUACCGCGAGUUCCGGGCUGCAGGAUCGCGCGGAAUUUCGACGCUGACUUACCAGGCGAGCUUCCAUUCGAUGGUCAAGUACAGCGGGAGCGUCAGCAGCCGGGCAGACUACGAGAAGUUUCUUGAACAGGUGGUGGAUUUCACGUACCGGGAGUGCGUGGACCCUGCGCGGGAUUAUAUAAUUGGGUCGGUGGGGCCGUACGCCGCGUUUCUGUGUAACGGGGCGGAGUACACGGGCGACUACGGAUUCGAAACGAUCAACUUCUUCAACUACUUCGAGCCCCAGGUCAGCAAGUUUGCCACCGAUCCGCGGAUCGAUGCCAUUGCGUUUGAGACGGUGCCGAACGUGGUGGAGCUGAUGGCGAUGCUGCAGCCGGAAUUCCACGCAUUGCUGAAGAACAAGCCGUUUUACAUCAGCAUCUCGGCCAAGGAUGAGCACGUGCUUCGCGACGGAACACCGCUCGCCGUCGUGGGCCAGCUCAUCCGGGAGCGGAUGGACGAUCUACCUCCGAAUUUGCUGUGUUUCGGGCUCAACUGUGUAGACCUCACGAGGUCGGCAGCGAUGCUUGCGGAGCUGAAUAUGCAGCUGCAAGACUGUCCCAUCAAGUUCCAGGCUAUAUAUCCUAACGGUACUAGUGUGUUUGACGAGUCGCUGUCUGCGUGGCGCCCCAGCAAGGACGCAGAAUCCCUGACGUGGGCCGAGGCCGUGAAACUGUACCUAAAUCAAGACUGCCGCAUGAUCGGCGGCUGCUGCGGUACUACGCCGCAGGAUAUGAGGCAGAUAGCGGAAGCAUUGGAUGUGAAUAUGUGA